AACAAUAAAAACACGUAACAAUUGUACAAGAAUGUCAUGGCUAAAACGGUCAGAAAAGUGAAACGCGGUAAAGCGAAAGAGAUUAUCAAACCCCCAGAUAUAAUAGUCACAUCUCCGGACAAUACAGCGAUGACAGUUAAAGCAAUCGACACAGAAACAGCUAACGAUCUAACUACAAACGGAUUGGUAGAUGCCAACAAGAAAAACAUAGAAUUCAACGUGAAUCAACUCAUUGCUGAACUAUCAGAGAAUUCGCGAGCUUCCAAAGGAGAGAUAGAACACAUACAAAGGAAGCUGUUGCAGCAAGCGAAUGAAUUCUUAAAAGUGAACGCUUUCGCAAACCAAUCUGAGCCCAGAGUGAUCAGUACGAUGCAAAAAUACCCAGUGUAUGGCGUGCCAAACGAUGCCUCGAAUUGUGUUCAAGAGGCUCAAUUAGUUCCAGAGAAGUUAACAAAUAAUUCUAGUGCAAUGAUAAGCACGCGAAGGGUCACAAGCGAGGCGGGAAUAAGUUUUUUCUCGGAAACAGGUUUCGCCGCGCGCGUCGCCAGUCAGCCCGCCGCGUCCACACGAGGUACAAUAGAAUCAGUGCCGCCUUACAGAAUGCCGCCCGCGCCGGAGGCUGCGCUGCCGGGGGCGCCUGCACCCUCGCUACCAGCUAUACACACACACUCUGCUAAAUUUCCCAUAGAGCGCGAAGUGAUACUGUCAUCAGGCGACAAAAACUCCAAAGUGCCGAUACUGCAGGAGGCCAGGAAACGCGGAAGGCUCGGAGCUGUCGCACCUGAUACGCCGCCCAAAGCUUUGUCAGCUUGGACUCAUGCUGAGAAUCAACAAGCUGGCACAUCAGGCGACUUCAGGCAAUACCACGAGCAGUACGGCUACACAAUACAAGCACAGAACCCACCUCGCAAUCAAAACUACGACUCUCCGAAACCACCAAUACCAGCUAAAAAUGCCUACAAAACUGACACACCAAAUAACUCUCACAUGGUAACAGUCGUAGAAACUGGCAAGGACAGUACGCGAGACGCGCCGAAAAAUGCCAAAUCCGUCAGCAAAACAUAUCACACGCUAAAGGACAUGAUCUCAAGUAGAUUUAAGGGAAAGGACAGCAACGAACCUGAGAAGGAGGAAGCGAGUUUAAACAACAUUGAGGAACGGAAACGUGAACCUGAACAAACUCCGCCGAAGGAGGUUAGAAAGGAAGGGAUUUACGGGCGGCCGAUGCAAAGACCGGAAAUGCAGUACAACCAUGGGAUGACAAAUAAUAUGGCAUAUCCAAGCCCAUCACCACACAGACAGUUAAUGCAGCAACAGAUGGUACAGCAGCAGCUAAUGAACCAAGCGAGGUCGCAAGAGAUGUUAGCGCAUAGGCCCCAAGCUUUAGGAGCUGAUGCCCUAUACCAACAGUACGGUCCUCCUGGUAGAAGAAGCGCGAUGUAUCAGCGCGACCUUGACGUUAGAUCUAUGGCAAACUUUACCUCUCUUAAAACUGGCCCUCAAGCGCAGUUUGACAACUCACAUUCGAGACCCGAUUUGAGAAGCCCGCAACAGUUAGAACGGGAGAUUAUUCAACAGCGAAGGUUUAUAGAAGGAAGACGUGCCGCAUCUCAUCCACACUUACUCGAUGAACCUCAGAGGCCAGAAGUGAAACCGCAAGUGUACGAUCGGUCUAGAAGGAACUCGCACGGCAAUCUUCUGGACGGGAUGCCCAAUGAGAACGGCCCACCUAGAAGUAACGAUGAAAGAGAAUCGGAUGAUGGGGGGUUUAGAAUGAGAUUAGCUGCCCAGGGGAGAUCCAGUUUCGAGCGCAUAAGAACAAGCGGGAGAUCUGUAGACUCGAGAACCCCAGAAGAAUACAGAAGAACUCCAGAGAGCCAUAGAGAACGGAGAACACCAGACAGCCAUAGAGAACGAAGAACGCCAGAUUCUGUUAAUCAACGACAAAUUGAAGAAACACCAAAUGCUGGGGAAGCGGAGAGAAAUGAUGAAAACACGAGUCAGAAGUCAGCUGACAGUGUAUAUAAUUCUAGCAAAACCGAGGCUUAUAACCCACAACCGUCGUCAUCAAGACAGACGCCAAACAGGAUAGAGGAUUUGAAAGCGAGCGGGAAGAAAGGCGCUGGUGGAUCUGCCGCGAGCUCAGACUACGACAAAAACGGUGGGCAAUCAUCGAACGUGGACUCCGGCAGAGGCAGUGUGGCCUAUUCCAGCGGGCGGCGCGCGGAUGCCAGCCUCCACGACACGUCAGCUGAUUCCGACGGCGCCACUCGAGAGAGAGCACAGCCUCAACCUGGUACUAGCCAGCAGAACCCACCAGCUUCUGGAGAAAAUGAAUGGGCCGAUCUGGUAGAAUGUGAGCUCAGACAAAUACUAGAACCUAAGUUAUCCAACAUGCGGCUGGACAGCUCUGACAGUUCCGAUAGUUCCAUCACGCCCCCCCUGCCCCCACUAUCACCCUCCUCUGAUCUACAUAAACGGAAUAGUUUGCCCGGCCGUUCCUCCGAGUAUCCCGAAGAGAGGCGGCGCGGGCGCGAGUCGCCGCGCUGGCACACACACGCGCACACGCACUCGCAUGCGCACGCGCACGCACACUCGCACAAGAAGCACUCGGCCAAGCGGGACCAGCAUUACAAGAAACAUUUAUUCGGGCUGGACACAACCGACAUGACGUCGACGACGACGCGCAGCCUCGACCUGUCCUCGCUGCUGGACGGGCGCACCGACAGCGACGCGUCCAGCGGCGACGCGCGCGCCAUCCGCCGCCAGCUGCGCGGCCUCGAGAGCAUGUACGCGGAGGUGCUGCAGCUGCUGGGCGUGCGCAAGCCGGCCAGCCUGAAGCAUCCCGCUUGGGAGGCGAGACUGUCAUCCAAGCGGCGCUACGGCAGCAUGUCGUCUCUGCCGUCCAGCUCGGUGAGCAGCCGACCGCAGCGGGACAAGCGCCGCUCGUCCGACCAUCGGAAGAAACAUGACAUGAAGGGCAUCAACAAGCGGUUCCAGCGGCUGGAGUCGCACGUGGUGACGCUGGCGCGCUCGGUGGCGCACCUAUCCAGCGAGAUGCGCACGCAGCAUCUCGUCAUGCAGGAGAUGGACAACAUCCGCGCAGAGAUUGCCGCGCUCCGGCACAUGUACAAGUCGCAGCAGCACAUCCGCGCGGGCCCCGGGCGGCCGGCGGCGCACGCGUUCGGCGACCCCGAGCGCGUGCGGCGCCUCACCAAGUUCUUCGGCGACGAGCCGCCGCUCAUGCGCCUCUUCCUCAAGAAGCUCGGAUACGAGAAAUACGCAGCGCUACUAGAAAAAGAAAAAGUAGGGGCGGCAGAAUUGCCCUACGUCGGCGAAGACAAAUUGCGGGCCCUCGGCGUGCCCCUGGGCCCUCGCAUGAGGAUACUGAAGGAGGCCGGCAUACACCAUGACAUACACUUCCCUAGAGACGAUCCCAAUACAACCACCACUACACUGGCUAUAGUUUAAUUGUCAAUGAAAUGGUUUUGUUACAGCGCCAUCUAGUUGUUAAUACCGACCCCACUGCUGCCACAAAUUCUAUGCAUUUUAUUGUACAUUUUACUGAGAAACUGACAUCUAUUUGGGUUUUAUCAUAGCAUUUAUUUGUGUUCAGAUGAAUUCAUCAUGAAAAUAUAAUUUCAUUCACAUAAAAAAAAAAUUGAAAAUUUGACAAUGUAGGAUAAACGUUCCCGAACACGCCUAAUGCUCCUUUUGCUAACGUAAACUUAAAAAUACAAAAAUAUCAUAUCAUGGGUUUAAUGCCUAUGAAAUUUUGAUUCUGAAUAACACUUCAAACGCAACAAUAUUAGAGUAAAAGUCUUCAAACUUAUCAUAUUAUGUUUAUUCAUAGAAAAUCCUUAUUGAUGUAUAACUUCGCAAAAUGUUUUUAAAAUUAUUCAGUUCAACGUUAAAAAGUUUCUAGAUAUUAAUCUAGAUGGCGUUGUAUAGUCUAGAAUGUUUUAAGUAUAAUUAUACAUUAAAUUUUCUAAACUGGUUAAAAAGUACAUUCUAAUCUUGAAAUGUUAAACCUCAUUCCUUUAUAGUUUGUUACAAAGGGACAAAAAUUCAAGUAUUAUUAACUUGCUUCUUAUAAAUAAAGAUAUUGAUAAUGCUUUAAUAGAAAUUAAAUUUACCCCAAUACUACAAAUGAGUCGUUAAGGUAAUACUCAAAAAAUUUAACUGUAAAAAAUAAGAAUUAAAAAUUAAAAAAAAAAAGAAAUUGUACAAAUCACAAGUUCCGAAUUUCGUCUUAAUUACGCUCAGAAUAAGAUACAAAAAAGAUCUUACAAAAUAAAAAAAAAAAGGUUUAAAUUUAUAUUUUAACUCCUCAUACACAUUUAAAACUGACAGACUGAGCUAUAUAGGCUAUAUUUAAGCAUAACAAACUUUGUAAAUAUAAAUAUUUAUAAAAUUAAGACGAGUCUUAUUUCGUGUUCAAUUAUGUACUUAGAAUAAAUGGCGGCCAUGCAUUUACAAUAUUGCGUAAAAUAAUGUUGUUAUACAAAACAAAAUUUUAAAGCUGCGAUAAAGCAGAUUUAUUCUUUUGAUCACAAAAAAACCUGUUUAUAAAAUAUAUACUUAUUUCUUUAGUUUACCUGUAGAAUACGAAUUUUUAUAAGUAUCUGCACAAAUUGAAAAUUUUAUAAUCAUGUUAUUGCGCUGUAUUAUAAAUGCAUGAGCCUAAUUAGUCAUAAAACAUCUUAAUUGUUUAUUACUAUCAAUAAGUAGACAAAUAUUCGAAUUGUAUCUUACUUUUAUAUCUAUUUUAUAUGAAAACUUGGAAUAAACAAACGUCUCACUUUAUUAAAAUAUAUAUAACCUGUAAUAUAAGAUAGAGAGAGCAUAUUAUGUUAAAAUCACUUCUCAUAAUAUCUAGAAUAUACAUUCAUCUUUUAAUCAUAUCUUUGAAUACUCAAAUCUCAAUUUUAAAUGAAUUUGUAUACAUUAAGAUUAAAUUGUUAUCUUCUCUUUUAUAUGCCAAAGACGGAAUCCGGCAUAAUUUAAUGUAAAUAUCUGUAUAUAAGUAAUAUAACAACGAAUUACAACUCACCUUUUUAUUAGACGUAUUUUUUUUAUUUUUGUAAAUAAACACUCUCAUACUGA